UUAAGCCUGAUUAUAGAGAGGCUGGGGAGGGAGAGUGCUUGGAAGGGGGUUAAGAUCGGCCCAUUUGCUUCUUCCUUGCCUCGCCUGGGUCAGACUGCUUUCGAACAACGGAGCCCUUCGGACCGCCACCACCGCCAUGUCCUGGGGCUUGGUCAAGAUCCUAGUUGUGGACAUGCGUCUCGUGGGGUUCCAUCCCGGUUUGGUGGCCAGGGGCUAGCUUGAACAUGGAGGGCAAGAAGGGCCGAGGGGGGAAGAUUGGGGGCUCCCUCCGGAGGAUGAGCGGCUCCUUCAAACGCACAUCAUUGAAGGGAUCAGCCUCUGGAUCACAGAAGGGUCAAAAGGCUUGGAUAGAGAAGACCUUUUUCAAAAGAGAGUGCAUUUACAUAAUUGCCAACAGCAAAGAUACUACCAGGUGCUGUUGUGGCCAACUUCUUACUCAGCACACCCCGAUCCCUUCGAUCACAACAGCAAACAAAAAUGGAGAGGAGGCUACGAAGCAGGUGGACAUACAGCCAGAUAAAUGGUCCGUCAGUAAGCACACCCAUGCGCUCCCUACUGAUGCCUAUGGGAACCUUGAGUUUCAAGGUGGAGGGCACAGCAACAAGUCCAUGUAUAUCAGAGUGUCUUACGAUACCAAGCCGGACGCUUUGCUCCACCUCAUGGUGAAAGAGUGGCAGCUGGAACUACCCAAACUCUUGAUCUCAGUCCAUGGAGGGCUGCAGAACUUUGAGCUCCAACCUAAGCUGAAGCAAGUCUUUGGGAAGGGCCUCAUCAAGGCCGCCAUGACAACAGGUGCCUGGAUCUUCACUGGAGGAGUCAGUACAGGAGUCAUUCGCCACGUUGGAGAUGCCUUGAAAGACCAUUCUUCCAAGUCCAGAGGACGAAUCUGUGCCAUAGGAAUUGCUCCGUGGGGCAUUGUGGAAAACAAGGAAGACCUGAUUGGGAAAGACGUGACAAGAGUUUACCAAACCAUGUCAAACCCACUAAGCAAACUCUCUGUGCUCAACAGUUCCCAUACACACUUCAUUCUGGCCGACAACGGCACCCUGGGCAAAUAUGGGGCGGAAGUGAAGCUCAGGCGCCAGCUGGAGAAACACAUCUCCCUCCAGAAAAUCAACACCCGACUUGGGCAGGGGGUCCCCGUGGUCGGCCUGAUCGUGGAAGGAGGCCCCAACGUGAUUUCGAUUGUCUUGGAAUGCCUCCGUGAAGACCCCCCUCUUCCUGUUGUGAUUUGCGACGGCAGCGGGAGAGCGUCUGACAUUUUGUCCUUUGCGCACAAAUACUCAGAAGAAGGAGGCAUCAUCAGUGAGUCACUCAGGGAUCAGCUACUUGUCACCAUCCAGAAGACCUUUAACUACAGCCGGAAUCAAGCGCACCAGCUGUUUGUGAUUCUCAUGGAGUGCAUGAAGAAGAAAGAACUAAUCACGGUGUUCCGCAUGGGAUCCGAGGGACAACAAGAUAUUGAGAUGUCUAUCUUGACGGCAUUGCUUAAAGGGACCAACGCAUCCGCACCAGAUCAGUUGAGUUUAGCCUUGGCCUGGAAUCGAGUGGACAUCGCACGGAGCCAGAUCUUUGUCUUCGGACACCACUGGCCGCCUUUGGGAAGCCUUGCAGCUGGAGACGGGACGGCCCCCGAAAAGGAGAAGAAGUCUCCGGCGCCUGCGGCGAAAGGAGGAAGAGGGAAAGGCAAAGGGAAGAAGAAGGGUGGGAAGCAAAAGGAAGAGCCGGAGGAGGAAACUGAUCCAAGGAAACUGGAGCUGCUAAACUGGGUAAACUCCCUGGAGCAGGCAAUGCUCGAUGCUUUGGUCUUGGACCGGGUGGAUUUUGUGAAACUCCUGAUCGAAAACGGAGUCAGUAUGCAGCGCUUCCUCACAAUUCCUCGGCUGGAGGAGCUUUACAAUACUAGAUUGGGCCCACCAAAUACUUUACAUCUGAUUGUCAGAGAUGUGAAAAAGCGGCUAGCUAGGGGAUUUGGAUGGGUUAACAUGGAGGGCAAUCUGCCUCCAGACUACCACAUUAGCCUCAUUGACAUUGGCCUGGUGCUAGAAUAUCUCAUGGGUGGGGCGUACCGCUGCAACUAUACGCGGAAGAGCUUCCGGACCCUCUACAACAAUUUAUUUGGACCAAAGAGGCCUAAAGCUCUUAAGCUCCUUGGGAUGGAGGACGAUGAGCCUCCAACCAAAGGGAAGAAGAAGAAGAAGAAAAAGGAGGAGGAGAUUGACAUUGACGUGGACGACCCGGAGGUCAGCCGUUUCAAGUACCCCUUCCAUGAGCUGAUGGUGUGGGCCGUGCUGAUGAAGCGGCAGAAGAUGGCCCUCUUCCUCUGGCAGCGGGGAGAGGAGUCCAUGGCCAAGGCGCUGGUAGCCUGCAAACUCUACAAAGCCAUGGCCCACGAGUCUUCGGAGAGCGAGCUGGUGGACGAUAUCUCCCAAGACUUGGACAACAACUCCAAGGACUUUGGCCAGUUGGCCGUGGAACUGCUGGACCAGUCCUAUAAGCAUGAUGAGCAGGUGGCCAUGAAGCUCCUGACAUACGAGCUGAAAAACUGGAGCAACUCCACUUGUUUGAAGCUGGCUGUGGCUGCCAAGCACCGGGACUUCAUUGCCCACACUUGCAGCCAGAUGUUGUUGACAGACAUGUGGAUGGGGAGGCUGCGCAUGCGGAAGAACCCGGGUCUUAAGGUCAUAAUGGGCAUCCUGUUUCCACCCACCAUCUUGUUCCUGGAGUUCCGCACCUGCGAUGACUACUCCUAUCAAACAUCAAAGGAGAACGAAGUUGGGAAAGAAAAGGAGGAGGACAACGCGGAUGCCAAUGUUGACACAGGUUCCCGAAAGGGAGAUGAGGAAGAUGGAAACAAAAAGCAAAAGAGCCUUCCCAUUGGGACAAAGAUCUAUGAAUUCUACAAUGCCCCUAUUGUGAAAUUUUGGUUUUACACAAUUGCAUACCUGGGCUACUUAAUGAUGUUCAACUAUAUCAUCCUGGUGCGGAUGGACCGGUGGCCGUCGCUCCAAGAAUGGAUUGUCAUCUCCUACAUUGUGACCUUGGCUUUAGAGAAAGUGAGAGAGAUCCUGAUGUCAGAACCUGGUAAACUUAGCCAGAAAAUCAAAGUGUGGCUGCAGGAAUAUUGGAACAUCACUGACCUGGUGGCCAUUUCCGUGUUCAUCAUCGGGGCCAUCCUUCGCUUGCAGAACCAGCCUUACAUGGGAUACGGGAGAGUCAUCUACUGUGUGGACAUCAUCUUCUGGUACAUCCGAGUCCUGGACAUCUUUGGCGUGAAUAAGUAUUUGGGACCCUACGUCAUGAUGAUUGGAAAGAUGAUGAUCGAUAUGCUGUACUUCGUGGUGAUUAUGCUGGUGGUCCUGAUGAGCUUUGGAGUCGCCCGGCAGGCCAUCCUUCACCCCGACGAGGAGCCCUCUUGGCGCCUGGCCCGCAACAUCUUCUACAUGCCUUACUGGAUGAUCUACGGAGAGGUGUUUGCUGACCAGAUAGACCGUAAGAGCAGAGUUCAUAUCUAUGCCAUGGAAAUUAAUCCUCCAUGUGGGGACAACCUUUAUGACGAAGAUGGCAAACGGCUUCCUCCUUGCAUCCCGGGUGCCUGGCUGACUCCGGCCAUCAUGGCUUGUUACCUCUUGGUCGCCAACAUCUUGCUGGUCAACCUGCUGAUCGCUGUCUUCAACAACACCUUCUUUGAAGUGAAGUCCAUCUCCAACCAGGUCUGGAAAUUCCAGCGGUACCAGCUGAUCAUGACCUUCCACGACCGGCCGGUGCUUCCUCCUCCCAUGAUCAUCUUCAGCCACAUUUACAUCAUCAUGGUCCGCCUCUGCUGCCGCUGCAAGAAGCAAAGGGAAGGGGAGCAAGACGAACGCGACCGAGGGCUGAAGCUGUUUCUAAAUGAUGAAGAGUUGAAAAAGCUGUAUGAGUUUGAGGAACAAUGUGUUGAAGAAUAUUUCCGUGAAAAAGAGGAUGAAGAACAGUCUUCCAAUGAUGAACGGAUCCGAGUUACUUCUGAAAGAGUUGAGAACAUGUCUAUGAGAUUAGAAGAAGUGAACGAACGGGAGCACUUCAUGAAAGCCUCGCUGCAGACAGUCGACCUCCGGCUUUCUCAGUUGGAAGAGCUUUCCAGCCGAAUGGCCAACGCUUUGGAAAAACUGGCCGGGAUCGACAAGGCCGAGCUGACCCACACUCGUUCCAGAGCCUCCUCCGAGUGCGACGUGGCUUACCUCCUCCGUCAGAGCAGCGUGAACAGUUCGGACGGCUACGGCAUGUUCCGGUAUCACGGCGAUGAGCUUGUCUACGACGACUUGCCCCCCGCCCCGAUGUCCCCGGCUAUGGCGCUGCGUAAAGCGGACUCCAAGCUGCACCUGUCUCCGGAACGCCAAGGAAGUCUCCGCUCCACUUCCAGCCUGAGUGCAGUGGCUGCUUUGGACCACGGCAGGCACACCUUAGACGUUGCACAGACCGUUGGCGGACUCCAUAUGGGAGACAGGCCAGACCACAGCAAGAGUGAAGGGACCAUAUCCCAAACCUUCAGCCAAACAGAUAGUGCUUUAAGUGGGCAGUCCGGAAGGAGGUCAGACCUCCCGAACGCUUGCAUGGCCCUUGAGAGGACCAAAUUGGAAGCCACCAUCUCCUACCCCUUGGACAAAACUCGAGCCAUGAAGUACUGCCCUUCAGAAACGUUUGAUGGUUGUCAGGCAACCAUGAUGAAAUCCAGGAGCUAUAUAUUUGCACAAGGUGGGAAGAUGGUCGGAGGCGUGAACAACUGGGCCAUUGUGGACCACGAGUACCAGACCAUCAUGGACCAGGUGUGCCCCGCCACGGUCGAGCAAUGGACGGCCGAAUGGAAGUACGAGCUACAGCAGAAGCUGGAGGACGAGCCACCUCCCGAAUACCCUGGCAUCGUGUCCGAGGCGGAGAUGCAAGCGGAGCGGAAACCGAUGCUGACCGACACCGAGGACGACAGUGACGCCGGUGGUGAAGUCGUGGGCCUCAGUGCCUCCCACCCAUCUUCGCCGGUCAGUAGGAGGACGGACAAAGAGGACCAGCUUCUGGUGAACUCUGACCGGACUUAUGAGUUCCCGUCCAUCCGCUCAAAGAGUUUACAUGGCCAUUCACGGAAAGCCAAGUCCGUUAAAGACAAGCUAAUUAGGCCGGGACAUGCCAGCAGUGUCAGUAGUCUCGUGGUCACCUGCGGAAAUGCGACGGAAGAGCCCAAAACGAACAAAGAAAAUGCCUCCGGCACAGAAACAGAGUGCUAAAAUGGCCUUUCCCCACCCUCACCAAGUAUCUGGCUUUCUCGACUCGGUCAGAACAUCACAGAAGGAACACACAUUGCUCGAUGAGCAAAUUGGCCUUGGGUCAUUUAUGGUGUUUUCUUUUGCAGGCGCAUCGGCAUCCUCUUCUUUCUGUCUUUGGAUGAAGAGAAUCACAUGCUCCAUACGAAUGUGGCAUGGAGUCUCUUGUUUCAAUUAGGCACCAGAUUCAAAUGUCGAUAGGAUGGGGGUGUUUUAAUAUUUGUCAUACAUUUUUAAAAAAUAUAUAUAUCUAAAACAACCACAAAAA